AUGGGACCAGAGGGGCCAGGAGGACCAGGGGGCCAGGUGGGACCAGGAGGCCAGGUAGGACCAGAGGAGGCCAGGUGGGACCAGAGGGGCCAGGCAGGACCAGAGGGGGCCAGGUGGGACCAGAGGGGCCAGGUAGGACCAGAGGAGGCCAGCCCCCCAGUCAUGGACAGUACCAGUCAUGGACAGUACACCAUGGACAGUACCAGUCAUGAGUACCCCAGUCAUGGACAGUACCCCAGUCAUGGACAGCACCCCAGUCAUGGACAGUACCCCAGUCAUGGACAGCACAGUCAUGGACAGUACUCCCAGUCAUGGAACAACCCAGUGAUGGACAGGAACCCCAGUGAUGGACAGUACCCUCCAGUCAUGGCAGUAACCCCUGUCAUGGACAGUACCCCCUAG